AUGGGAAAUUUUUGUAAAACACCAUCACUCACAAUAAAUACUGAAGUUUGUGAUGAAUAUAUUAUUGGUCAUAAAACUAUAAUGUCUACAAAUAAUAGAGCCAUUUUUAAUGAAAUUUACAAGCAAGAACAAAAUGAAUCAAUAUAUAAAUUACAAUAACCAUUAAUCACACAACUACCAUUCAUAAGUUUAGAUCUAAUUGAGCCAAAUCAAUUUAUUCCUUAAAUUAAAGUAAAUAGAAGAACUCUAAGUUUUUUUCAAGAGAAAUCACCCUAAGAUGAUAACAGAAGCAGAACUACUUCUUAAAAGAUUAAAAUUGAAAAUUUUUAAAAUUCUAAUCAACCAAUCAAAUCAUCUCUUAAAUCACUAAACUCAAAAUAAGGAAGCUCAUAAAAAAGUUAAACGUCAGUAAGAUGGGGAAGUGAUUUAAGUGUCAUUGUUAAAUUAAUCCAUUACUAAAAUUAAUUGGUUUGA